AUGUGGUUUUUCAUUCAUCUGUUUUAUACAUUCGUUUACCUAUUUUCUAUAUUAAAUGGUCAGAAUCAGAGUCAAACAUAUUACUUACGAUUAUUUAUUUUAAUACCUUCUGAUGGUUGUCUAUCACCGAAUGGAUUAUUUGAUUUUAUUGCCAGUAUUCGAGAGUCAAUUGAUCUGAGUACACAAACAUUGAAUUGGGCUUUGAAAAGCAAUAUAGAACAAAAUUUGAUCCCACUAUCAGAAUCUCAAGAACUCGCCAAAAUAACAAAAUCAAACAGUAUUUACUAUAAUGUAAUUGUAGGACCUUAUGAUCCAGGUUUAUGUGGACAAAUGAAUCAAAUAGUCUUGAUUCCUUAUUUAGAUUGCAUGAAACCCCGUAGCACUUUUGUUUAUCAUAUUAAUUUUCAGUGUCCAUUCAGACAGAUAACCUAUCAAUCUCAGUUAUUACCUAGUACAACACCUUAUUGCUAUAAUACAAGUCAGUAUUAUGAAGAUUUUACAAAUGUUGGCAGUUUAUAUGUUGGCGCAAAUAAAUAUCAAAUAACAACUGCCUUGACAAAAAUUUUGAGACAUUUAAACAGACUAAAUAUUGUAUUGAUAUAUCAGGAUGAUGACCAUGUAACCGAUGCUUCAGGGAUCUUUGCAAAUUAUGUAGCAUAUCUAUUAAUCCAGAGAAAAGAAUUUGGUAUUUCGGUAAAAGAAAUUAAUGGAUGGCAUUUAGGCAAAGAUGUUUCAAAUGUUUUCCCAGUAGGAGGUGUAAACAUUUCUGAAAAUGUAGAUUUUCAAUCCAAAAGAACACUAUUCAAUGAGUAA